AUGUUACGCUACACUUGUUCUGGAGAAUUUAAACGUAAGCCACGGAAUCAUAUAUUAUGUACACGAAUGCGUCGCAUGAUAUAUGAGGGACACGAUUCGAAGCUUGCGGCGGUCACCACCGAGUUUCAGCUCAAAGGAAAUCUCAUUUUGCACCCCCUUAGCCCCCCCUCGGGCCACCCACAACCCGCUACCCCCUCGCCCGCCCCAAGCGAAGUUCUAUUAAAAUUAUUUGAGAAAACUCAACACCAGGCUACCCUCCACACUCCUCGCCCUGUUUACGAGGUGUAUUUAUGGCUGGCCAGCAAACUCAUCAAAUUUUCGUCGGGUGUACAAGCGAAGCAAUUAAUACCCAUUUCAAUCAUACGUGGGGUGGUGCUGCGAGGGCGGCGGUCGAGCAGAUCAAGGGCGCGCGAGGCUGCGGGGGGUUGGCCGGGCGGGAGGGAGCGGGCCGCGGGGGAGGGAUGCUGCGCGGUAAUGCGCGCAGAUCAAUAUCUCAUGUUGCCGGGGUGA